AAUUCUUGACGUCGUCAAAGCGCAACAACAUUCGAGAUGUGGUCUUGGACGAAUUCCCGGAAUGGCUGCAACGUUCCAUGGGUCGGAUCAGAGACACCAACAUCAAGUUGAAGAGGAUUGCCAACGAGAUUUUCGUUUCUUUAUUAGAUUUCUACAGAUGAAACCGAUCAGCACAUUUGACAUGAAGGAUGCUCAAGGGUCGUCCAAACAUCGUCUGGUGUUCGUAUUUAAAAAAUCGUAAAAAUAAUUUUAAACGUAAAGGUAAAAGGAAUUUUGCUUUUUUUAGGAACAUUCCGGAACAGAAUUUCAAUUCGCAAUUGGAGCAAGUCAUCAACAACGACCAUUCGGUUCGUCCAUUUCCAAUCUUCCGCUCAGCCGAGUGCCGACAGCCUUUUUUCAUUAAAUACCCUUGGAUUCUUGAAGAUAUCGUGGCCAUAAACCAACCCCUGCCAGCCAACUGGCAGGAGAAACACGACCGGAUGCUGUUUCAGCGCGAUACCCGAAGCAAGACGAAAACAAUUAAAGCUCCAGCCUAUUUGGAGCAUUACUCGGUCGUCCAGCUGACCCAAAACACGGCCAAGAAGAAAAAGAAAUUGAGCAGCGAUCUCCGUCCGUGUUGGAAACUUCGGAAAGCCGUCGGCAGUGCUGACGAGGACAGCGACGGAAUAAGUGACGAAACGGACCAUUACAUCGCUGAUCUUACGGAUCACGCCACUUACGCCCGCCCCGAGCCGUUUCCGGAGUACGUGUCGCAUUUCGAAAAAGCUGAAGUGCAAGAACGAAUACAUAAUCGUAGUUUACCAGCAGUGUCGUUGUGGAUUCACAUUUUUCAACCGCUGUUGAAGUUGGCCCGUGUCGACUCCAAAAUAAGCCCGCGUGAUUUUUAUUGACUCUUCCGAUCAGUAUACGUUUCUCACCUUAUUUUGUUUUGUAAUCAAUAAUUUAAACUUAAAUCGUGACUGUUCUCUGGAAAAAGAAUAAAAGUUUUUGACUAAAAUUUUGAAAUGUAUUUUACAAUUGUGAGCGAUUUAUUUGGACGAAUUUAGUUAAUAAUCUGAAUCGAUUCCAGUAUCGAUGUCACCAUAGCCCCCUCCGUUAUCACCAAAGUCGCCGUAGUAUCCUCCGCCGUAAUAUAUUUUUCAACCAUACGAACCGUAUCCGCCAUAAUACGGAUAUCCGAAGAUGCCUCUCCAAAGUAAUAAGGAUAAUCACGUCUCACAUACGGUCGGCGGUAUAGGUAAGAUGAAAGGUAAAGAAGA